UUGAAGAAGAAGAUUUUAGAAUGACUUAGUCUCACAUGUUUUACAGUUGAACUAUUUUCAUUUUCAGAACUUCAGGAUGAUUCACAUGAAGGAACCUCAGCUCAGUGACUUCAGUGCACUGGUCUUGCAUCACAUUGUUGUACUCCUUCUAACACACUCUUGUGGAGGUCAGCUUCAGGUGAGUGGUACAUCUCAGCCAAUAGUGGCAAUGGUUGGUGAUGACAUCAUUUUGCCAUGUCACCUGGAAACUGCUGUGGAUGCUACUGGCCUGACCGUGGAGUGGACAAGACCUGACCUGGAACCGAGCGUUGUCCUUUUGAGAAGAGACAGUGUGCAGCUUCAGCAUGAGUAUAAUCCACUGUACGUGGGGAGAACAUCACUGUCCACCAACAAACUGAAGUGUGGAGACAUUUCAAUGACACUCUCUAAAGUAAAAGUCUCUGAUGCGGGAACUUACGAAUGCCUUGUUCCUAAAUCUGGUCCAGAAUCUGUGGUCGAGCUCACUGUAGGUUCUGUCUCCUCACCUGACAUAGAUAUUUACAAGGUCAGCAAUAGAGUGCUGCUAGACUGUGAGUCUAGAGGCUGGUAUCCAGA